GUGGAAAUAAAGCUAUGGAUCAUACAGAGGGCCAAUGGACUACUGGGCUCUAUGAUUGCUGUGAAGAUCGUUCUCUUUCCAGUGGAACUGCUGCUUGUAUAUUCGCUGCACUAAAAUCGGUCCACUGCGCCUGGUUGUACACGAGCAAUUACCGCGCACAAUUAAGGGCACUUUAUAAAUUGCCAGAGGCUCCUUGUGGAGAUACUGUGAUCCACUGUUGCUGUUGCAUAUGCGCCACGAGCCAGGAGUAUAGAGAACUCAAGAAUCGUGGCGUUGAUCCUUCCAUAGGUUGGGAAGGAAAUGUUGACAAGUGGAAACAAGAAGGUGCGGUGGUGCCCCCAUUUUUUCCAUCCAAUAUGGCUCGUUGACGCUUUUAAUUUUUAUUUUAUUUUACAGGAUUUGUUUAUCUCUCUUUUUUAUUAUUAUUUUUUUAGGAUUUGAUUGGCUUUGGUUAUGGGAUUGGUUUACUACUUGUGUGUUCUUGUAAGAUGGGAAAAAUAAUAAAUUAUAUGUUGAAAAA